GAAGUCAAGAAGAAGCAGAAACAGCAGCAGCAGCAGAAGAAGAAGAAGAAGAACUCUCAGCGCUUUGGUUUAUCUUUAUUGACAAAAUGCCGGAUUUAGCGGUGGAAAACGUAGUCGUUCAUCCCCUGGUUUUGCUCAGCGUGGUGGACCAUUUUAACAGAAUAGGGAAGGUUGGAAACCAGAAGCGAGUGGUCGGUGUCCUUCUGGGAUCUUGGCAGAAAAAGGUUCUUGAUGUUUCUAAUAGCUUUGCUGUGCCAUUUGACGAGGAUGACCGGGAUGACUCUGUGUGGUUUUUGGACCAUGAUUACUUGGAGAACAUGUACGGCAUGUUUAAGAAAGUAAAUGCUAGAGAAAGGAUAGUUGGCUGGUACCACACAGGGCCAAAGUUGCAUAAAAAUGACAUCGCCAUCAAUGAGCUCAUCAAACAGUACUGCACUAACUCAGUAUUAGUCAUCAUAGAUGUAAAACCAAAAGAUCUGGGUCUGCCUACAGAAGCCUAUAUUUCAGUGGAGGAAAUCCAUGAUGAUGGCACUCCAACCUCCAGGACAUUUGAACAUGUAACAAGUGAGAUUGGAGCUGAGGAAGCAGAGGAAGUUGGAGUGGAACAUUUGCUAAGAGAUAUUAAAGACACCACAGUGGGCACAUUGUCUCAGCGCAUCACAAACCAGGUCCAUGGCCUCAAAGGACUGAACUCAAAGCUGUUGGACAUCCGCUCAUACCUGGAGAGAGUGGCAGCUGGAAAACUACCCAUCAACCACCAGAUCAUCUACCAACUGCAGGAUGUCUUCAACCUGCUGCCAGAUGUCAACCUACUGGAGUUCACAAAAGCAUUCUACCUAAAGACCAACGACCAGAUGCUGGUAGUGUACUUGGCAUCACUGAUUCGCUCGGUGGUGGCCCUGCAUAACCUCAUCAACAACAAGAUCGCCAACAGAGACGCUGAGAAGAAGGAGGGCCAGGAGAAGGAUGAGGGAAAGAAAGAAAAGAAGGACGACAAGGAGAAGAAAGACGACAAGGACAAAGAGAAGGAGAAAACGGAUGCGGCCAAAAAAGAUGACAAGAAGAAGAAAUAAGUGUUCUUUUCAUGCAGCUCUCCAAGGAAGCCGUCUCCUUCUGGAUGCUGCUCUACUUUUGCCCACGUUUCAUAUCUACAUGUGGAUCUAAAAGUAGGACUCUAUAAGGGGAGCCAUGUCACUUGAGAUUGGCCCAUGGGUCGUUAAUGGCACUCUAAAAGACUCUUAAUAUACUUAACGAUGAUGUGGGCUCCUCCCAUGUUCCUGAUGAAAAAAGUGUUUCUUCUGUUUUCAUAGUUGUCAAGCACCUCGUAUAGAUUUUGUAAAAUGUUUUUGUUUCUGUAAUAUUCAGAAUAUGGGAUCAUAUUAAAGUCUGUCCUUUUCA